CUUCAUACCUCGCUUGUACUCGAGCAUUUCUUCCAUACGUUUUACAAUUCCCGUUUGCUUUUCUCCUUUUCAUAACACAUUUUAUGCACAUCUGUGAAGGAGUCCACUAUCUGAGCGACCUUCCUGAACCCGAACUACUGUUACUCAAUUACCACAACUACAUACUGUGCGAAUUGUAGUGCGGCCAGAACUUCGUUAUCAUAAGAACUUACCGUUUUUAUAAAUGGUAUUCAUAGAAAUGAUUCACUUUAUCAUAAUGCAGACUGCAGACACACUAGUUUGCUUGUAUACUUUCGAGAUUUGGUGAUGAGGUUGGCGGCGAACAUUUGUGGUGUAGGAAAUACAGCAGUGUUGCGGCAGAUAGCAAUAACCACUAGUAGAACUACUAGUAGUACAAUGCGAUGAUUCGUGCGUAGAACUCUUUUUCACAAUUUAUUUCACUACUUUGUCCGUAUCCAGUAUCCGCUAUAUUUCUUUGUUUUUAUUCAUUUUAUUUCUUUGUUCAUGUUGACUAUCGAGAAUUACUUUGAUUGGAAGUGAUGAUUUUUAGCAGCUAAGUGUCUGCUACUCCGUUCUUCUCUUCUAUAGGGUAAUACCUGAUAACUCAUGCUAGUCUCGAGUAGGUCAGUUGAUUACUCAUCAACCCUCCAUUAUCUAAACAUGGUGCACUGAGAAGCCCUCUGAAGCUCCUCCUGUAGGCAGAUAUACAUGAACAUACCUACCUUUUCAUAUGAAGAAGACCAAAUAGCACAAUCAAAUCAGGCUGGCUAAGUGCACUACUGUUAUCAGAGUGGAUACGUUUACCAAACUCUCGAACUUUACCAUCUAGGUAUAAUAUCCUCAUUGCUCUGUAACAACACCUCUAUCUUUUUCCCAUUAGUAGAGAUAAGCAUUACUGUCAGCAUGCUUCUCACUAUUUGCUUAAAAGACUCUGAACGUUAAGGUUUUGUCAAUAACACCAUCUGUUUGAACUUGGGUCAUUGUUAGAUAUGAUUAUGUGUGAUAUGAACAUUCUCGUCAAUGACUUCCCCGCAAUUUUUGAAUCAAAUUACCAAUUGACGCAAUCCCCAAGCCAUGCAAACAGACAGAGCUGAGCGGAUGUCAACUGAUUCGUGGAGUCCCAUUAGCAUGCAAUAUGUUUUACAGAACAAGUAUCGAUAUGAGACGAUGAUUCUGUGUGCUGAUUGGCUGAGAGCAAUCAUAUGUAGCUUUUUGCAGGGUGUGAUUGGUUGGAUUGUAAGCUUUUAUUUUACAGCCAAUAUCAGCCUAUAAAUGGGAUUAAUAGCUUUAGGAGCCGUAAUAACCUUUGUCUCGCUGGAGGAAUGAGUUAUAUGAAAUUUAAGCUAUGAAUUUCGUAAAACUAUUCAUUAUGUAAAACUAUCGUAAUUUUCUACACCUUAAACCGUCAAGCUGCAUAUUCUCACACCCCCUAAAUCAUUAACCAUAUUUACAAAACAUUUAACUGCUUUUCAAUAACUUAACCAGCUAUAUACGUAUGUUACAAAUAUAUUUGAGACACAAAAACACCCAGACAUGGUGGACUAUGCUGGACACUGAUCUGACAGGUCUCGAUAUGUCCGAUAAUAGGCCCAGUGUCAGCCUACAUACCAUAUUUUAGGACCAAAAUGAAGGGGGACGUUAAUAUUUUACAAUUAUCCUCGCUUUACUUUCCUGUGAGCGUGAGGCAAGAAGCGCAUGCAAUAUUGGUGGCAUAAAGGCUCAAUUAUUAUAGCUAAAUAGUACGCUGAUUUAACCUUAUAAAGCUUUAAGGUCAACUGAAAACCAUAGCGUAUUGCUUUCUUUUGAAGUUUGAUUUCUGUUGCAGCUGAACGAUUUAAGGAUUUAUGUUUGCGCUUGAAACUCCCAACACCUUAUCGUGAAUUUGUCACGCACAUAUUUUGUUUUAAAGUAAAUGUUACAUCCGGUGUUUGGUAAACCUCUUAAUAAUAACCUUUCGUUUUUACCCAACUCACCUGGACUAACAAUAUCCUAUUUGAUAUAGCAGGAUGAUACUCCGAGGUACCGUGCUCCUACUUAUCCUGUCCACAGUACAGUGUAACAGUUACUGUUCGGGUGAUAUGCAGUGGGAAGAGGACGCUCCUAUAUGUAUUUCUACCUGUCCUCAGAGAUUUUACUAUCAGGAGUGUCCGAGCAGGACGAUAAGUAGAUGUGUGUGUCCCCGGGACAGACCCGUCCUGAAACGGGAACAUGAGACUGUGUGUGUUACAGCUAACAGUUGCGAGGAACCUGACUGGUUUAAACUUGGCCCUGCUGCGCUCAGGAACUUUAAAUUCUCUACGGAGCCGAAGAACCAGGUAAUAACAGCUGGACGGUCCUUGACUCUGUCGUGUUUCGUAAGUGCGGAGAAGCCGGUCCAGUACUACUGGUACAAGAUGUCCACUCUCCCCUCCGGGGACAUGACUAGUGAUGAUAACUUAUAUCUCGCAGGUUCAACGAGUAUCUCAAUAUCGAAUAUCAAAGUAUCAGAUGCUGGCUACUACCAAUGUAAAGCUAGGUCCCAGGACGGGUACUCUUUGUUGAGUAGAGUCAGCGAGGUCCUAGUCAAACACACCAGCUUCGACUCCACUGUCACCUCCUCGGAUGGUGUCGUCACCAACAAAGCUCGAGCUAUACUGAAGUGUAACAAGGCAAGUGCUUCAUAUCCACCUGCACAGAUACAGUGGACUAAAGAUGGGAACAGCAUCAGUGAAGCUGACGUCUUCAUGAACAGUAAAGUUGGACAAGGCAACUUCGGGGAUCUCUACAUUCUGAACGUGAAGGAGAACCAUGCAGGUGUAUAUAAAUGCAUUGCAAUAGUGAACGACCCUGAUGUUGGAGGAACCUUUGUUCUCUCCCAGAUUACUUUCAAGAUAAGAGGGUCACAGAACCAAGUCAGUGCUUCACCAGUAGCUUUGGAGGAUGCUAGUUAUGGUGAUAAGGUCAAGUUAGGAGAGGACGCCACACUCUAUUGCGGAGCUUACGGGUACCCACCAGCAGAAUACACAUGGGCUAAAGCAGCUUCUAUCCAACAAGCCUCCAGUAUCACCGGCUGUGGAGAGAAGACUUGUGUCGAGGACUAUGGUCGGAGACUGGUCAUAACAAAUGUGGAAGAGAGUGACUUUGGGGGGUAUUUCUGUCAGGUCAGGAACUCUGCUGGACUCAACUCUCUGGUGCUAACCUUGGAGGAGGAACCUAAAAGUUACGAGAUCAACUUUAAGGGCAUCACACCAUCGUACACUAUCACUCCUAACAGAUAUGAUACCUUCAACCUGACCUGUGCUGUAGAUAUCAUCUCCACUGAUGCGGUGUACAUUGGCUGGUACAAGGACGGUAAAAGUGUGUCAGGUAGCAACAGGAUCUACACAGAGGAUGUGGUCACCACUGAAUCCAGGAUCCGGAAGCUUGUCUUCAAGUAUCCUACUGAUGGGGAUCCGGGUCUAUACCAGUGCCUGGCGUACAAUUCCAAGGAGUUUGUCCAGGCUAGUACAGAUGUGGUCAUCAAGAGGUAUGAGGAAGAUAGUGAUGAGGUUAACACAGAGUUAUGGGAACCUGAUGCUCCCUUCGAGUUGAAGUUGUUCAAGGAAAAGAAAGGGAUCCAGGAUGCUCAUGCGGCCUGUCAAGCUUGGAAGCCUGGUGCUCAGCUAGUAUCCAUACUGGACAAUAAACAAAACGACCGGGUCUUCAGACUUUUACAGAAUAACACCAUCGAAAAAGCUUGGAUAGGAUUAACGGACGAGAGCAAGGAGGGAAAGUGGCAGUGGUUCACCUUGGAAGAGUCUACCAGGUUCAGCAACUGGAAACAGGACGAACCGGACAAUGAGGGCAAAACUGGCAGUGACUACGCUGUGAUGGACGUCGCUAAAGCUGGAAAGUGGGAGGAUAUGACGAAUACGGACAGCACGUUCCCGUACGUGUGCAAGUAUUACAACGCGUCCUGCCCUCUCCUGGACCAGGACGAGGAAUUUAAAGAGUACCCUGUUGCCUUCUACACUAAGAAAGCAGGUUCUAUAGGAGUGUUUGACACGGCUACAGUAUCGUGCAAGUCAGGCCAGACAGUGACACUGGUGUGUUCCCCCAGUGGGAAGUGGCAGUUCAGUCAGCCGACCGAGUGCGAGCCACAGGCUGCUAUCGGCGCUGCCGGCUCCUGCGCUCAUUGGAGUAUCAGUUUAAUAUUCAUCUCUUAUCUUCUAGCUGUUAUGAGGUAAUAAAAAUAGUCAAAAAGUAGACAUAUCAGACAGAGCAAGUGAGCUUAACAAAAAAUCAGAAAUCAGAAGAAAUCGAAUGCAAAGAUCAGAGCACAAAACGUUCAGAACGACGACUGUUCAUUUGGGCACAAGAUGGUCCAGAUUUUACUGAUUGGUAAUUUCAGUCGAGCAUUCCUGGAUUGAUGCAUUAUUUCUAGGGCACAAGACGGACAAACUGGAUUGAUAAUAUUGUGGUUACUUUACUUGUAUUUAUUUUUAUUGUUGUUAAUGGAAAUUACUAACAUUUUUACAGAGAAAUUAUUUCAUUAGGAAUGUAGAGGUUAAAUUCUAGCAAGAUCUAGGCUGCUUUUUGUUGUUUUAUUUUGAUAUACACGUUUUUAUCGUUAUGUAGAACAUCAAUCAUAAGAAUAUUGCAAAGUAUAAUGCUAUAUAUACAGGUCGAGCGGCAAAGGUUUUUAAGGAAGUAAUACAUAUCAUAUUUGUUUUGCCAGAAAGGACUGCUCAAGAAUUUUUUCAACACGAACGAUCAGCAGUCAAUCCAUUAUCGCUUGAAAAUUCAAUUGUAUCAGAAGUAUUUUGUUUUGUGUAAAUUAUGCUGAACGCUCCCCAAUUGAUAAUUUAUUUUGAAUAUUAAAUUUUUUUGUAUCGUUAA